CUCCUGGCGGCGCUCGGUGCCUCCCGCCGCGCCGGCAUGGAGCAGGGCAGCGAGGGCGCCGGCAGCGCGCCGGCCCCGGCCCCGGCCGCGGGCGAGGAGGGCGAGGGCUGUGCGGGCCUGUGGGAGCUGCCGGUGGAGCGCUGCGAGAGGCGGCCGGAGUGCGGGCGCUGCAGCCGUCCUCAGAAGGUGUGUUUAUGUCCAUUCCUGCCAACACAUCCACUAAAGGUCUCCACCUACUUGUAUAUAAUUCAGCAUCCAGCAGAGGAAAGUCGAGUAUUAAGGACAGUACCUUUGCUAGCUGCUUGUCUCCCUCCAGACAAAUGUAAAAUUUUGGUUGGUCGACGUUUUAGUGAAGACAGGUAUCCUGAAUUAGCAACUGUGUGCAGAAAUCCCAAUACUCUAAUUUUGUAUCCUGGAGCUGAAGCAACCAAUUUGGAAGAAGUUGCAGUGGUGUCUUCUAGUCCAUCUGUUAUGAUCAUCAUUGAUGGAACAUGGAGUCAGGCUAAAGAUAUAUUUUACAAAAAUUCUCUCUUCCGGCUUCCCAAGCAGGUGCAGUUAAAACCCAGCAUUUCAAGUCAAUAUGUAAUUCGUACACAGCCAACAAACACUUGUCUGUCUACACUUGAAUGUGCAGCUGUUGCUCUUACUAUCAUGGAAAAAAAUUUGAGUAUACAAGAGACUAUACUCCGUCCACUUCAAGCUUUAUGUGCUUUCCAGCUUCAGCAUGGUGCCCAGGUCCAUCACAGCAAGGAGCAUCUCCUUAAAAAUGGCUUAUAUGACAAGCCAAUGCCAAAGAAUAAGCGGAAACUGAGAAGAAUGGAGCUUUUGGUGAAUAAUGUUAAAAUAUAAGAAAACUUUACUGGCAGUACAGUGGGAUUUAUUUGCAGCUAGCAAAUGAAUAUGAAUAUGAAUUUAAUCCAAAUGAUUGACUGUACUGUAAAAAAACAACUUUCAGACCCUUCACAGGCAAACGUGACAAACAGUAAUGGACAAGUUUUUUUUUAUUUUUGCAGUAGGCCAGGUGCCUUUGUUGAUAUGAUAAAAGAUCAUUCUUAUUUCCUAUAGAAAAAAAGAAGACUUUGAGUAUAAUUUAGAGUUAUUUCUUGGGUGACAAGUGUGAUCCUCAGAAUUAAUGGAUAAAUUUCCUUUGGAGAAGCUUUUAUCAAUAUGAAAACACAAGCAAUAUGAAUGUAAUGGAAUGGUAAGACUUCAGCAUUUAGAUGUAUAUUGAAUUUCUGCUGAGCAUUUUAACUUCAGAAUCUAAUUACAGUAAAUUUUCAAACUGUAAUUCCUUGUAUUACGUAGUUCAAAUGAACAUCAGGCAUGCUAUUUGUAUAAUCCUUUUUAACUUUGAAAUUUUAAUAUCUUACAUUGUUAUAAUUCCCCUUUUUUAUUUUUUUUGGAAAUUUAUAUGCAUUUUCAAAUGCAGUUUGGUUUAGUUUCUCUAUCAGACUUAGUUUUUAAAUUAAGCCUGUAUAUUUUUUUACCAGAACCUGAACACUUCUGUCGUUUUUUUAAAAACGUGACUGUAGAUAAAUGCAUUUUGGAAUUAUAACUCAGGUACUUCACUUUUAUUUGAGAAAAAACUACUCUUCCACAGAAGGCGACGUUUUAUGGCUAUGGAUAUGUCAUACUCAUACCCUGACAAACUAUGGUUGUAAUACUAAUGGAAUUAAGCCCAGUGUAAAGAGCCUGUAAGAGGGUAUGAUGCAAUGACAAAUUACUGCAUCUGGAUGCAACCUACUAACUUGGUUGCAGGUUGGUUAGAUUUGUAUGUGUGCUUUAAUUAAUUCUUCUAAUAGUGAUACAACUGUACCUAUUUCUAAUGGGAAUUGCUAGAAUUGGAAUAAUUGGGUAUUUUUACAUGCUUUGUGAAGUAAUAUUUUAUGAUUUGGAACAACAAAAAAAGGUAAAUAAAGGUUUUGAUGUUCCUUU